AGUUUCCUUGCCGAACCAAACUCUCCUGAUUUCGUGAGCAUUCGGGAACCUAAUUUAGCGUUUCUCAUCCUUAUAACCCCUUCUCAAUCAUAACUUUUUGGAAUACCCAAAACUUCUUCUUCGCAUCAAUUAUCGUCUUCCAGAAAGAUCAAAGUUUAAGUCUUUCCAUGGCUAAGAGCUUCAAGUUUGAUCAUCCUUUGGAGAGGAGGCAGUCAGAAUCUACUCGCAUCCGGGAGAAGUAUCCUGAAAGAAUCCCUGUGAUUGUUGAAAAAGCGGAAAGGAGUGACAUUCCUGAUAUCGAUAAGAAAAAAUACCUUGUUCCAGCAGACCUGACUGUUGGCCAGUUUGUGUAUGUUGUCCGAAAGAGGAUUAAGCUCAGCGCUGAGAAGGCUAUAUUUGUCUUUGUUAAGAACAUGCUGCCACCAACCGCUGCAUUGAUGUCUGCAAUUUACGAGGAGAACAAGGAUGAAGAUGGCUUCCUUUACAUGACUUACAGCGGGGAGAAUACCUUCGGGUGUGACUAGCUAGAAAUUUAGGUUAAUAAACUCCACAUGGAAACUCACAACUGUAAAUCCUUUGCUUUAGAUGACAAAAAAAGGCCAAUUCAAUAUGGACCGUUGUAAAUCAACUCAAAAUGACAAAAUCUCAAACGAAACAAUGGAUUCACUCUCGAUUUCUUAACAAAGCUACAUUUGCUUGCA